GGCUGCUCGGACGACCCAUUCCCCAUUUACCCAUAUCUGUCCGAUUGGCAGCUACCGAAAGGUUUCGCCUCAUUCUGUCAAAACCCUAGCACGCACGAUCCACCUCCGCUGCCGCCCUCGCAUCGUCCUCUUCUUCCGUCCAGAGACCAGAGUCGAGGUGUUAUACUCUAGUUUCAACGAUGAAGCUGAUCGCUGCCUACCUGCUGGCGUAUCUUGGUGGGAACUCGUGCCCAACUGCCGAUGACAUCAAGAACAUCCUGGAGUCAGUUGGGGCUGAAGCUGAUGAAGACAAACUUGAGUUCCUUCUUGCUGAACUCAAAGAUAAGGACAUAACGGAGGUGAUUGCAGCUGGAAGGGAGAAGUUUGCCUCUGUGCCUUCAGGUGGCGGUGCCAUCUCUGUCGGAGCUCCAGCUGCUGCAGCUGCUGGUGGUGCGGCGCCUGCUGCAGAGGCAAAGAAGGAGGAGAAGGUUGAAGAGAAGGAAGAAUCCGAUGACGACAUGGGUUUCAGUUUGUUCGACUAAGUACUUCUGCCUGCUUUAGUUUACCCUAGUACCUAUCAUGUGUGGUCUUCUAGACGUUGUCUACACCAUCUAGAGGCCCAUAGUUUGUGUCAUUCUGCUUGCGACAUUGUAUAUGUCUAGUACCUUCGUAUGCUGAGUUGCCUAUGGAGUCUUGAGAAGUUGAAUGAUAAUCUUCAGGAAUUGAAGUUUGAGCAUCCAUCUGCUGAUGUUGGCUGUCGUCAUCAUCUAUUUGAUUUCUUUUAUGGUU